GAGAGAGAGAGAGAGAAUGACGGGAGCUUUAGGAGUGAGAAAAGGUGCGUGGUCUGAGGAAGAGGACGUGUUGCUGAAGAAGUGCGUGGAAAGAUAUGGUGAAGGAAACUGGCACCGAGUCCCUCGCAGAGCAGGGUUGAACAGGUGCAGGAAAAGUUGCAGGUUGAGGUGGUUGAACUAUCUGAAACCCAGCAUCAAGAGAGGGGCGUUCCAGGAGGACGAGGUCGACAUGAUCAUCAGGCUUCACAAGCUUCUUGGUAAUCGAUGGUCACUGAUUGCGGGGAGACUUCCGGGAAGAACCUCGAACGACGUCAAGAACUACUGGAACACGCACUUGGCCAAAAAAGUCGUCCGUCACAAGCUGGACGAAGAUGACCCGCCUGGAAAGUUCGCCGCCAAAGUGAACGUCAUACGGCCUCGACCUUGCACUUUCUCGAAGAGCUCGGCAUGGUUCAAAGGAAAAGCCACGCUGAUGGCUCCAAGGACUCCACCAGAUGGAAACCAUGGACAACCAUCCCUAGUGUUGCCUCAUCAGGACAAGGAGAGUGCGUGGUGGGAAAACCUAUUCACCGACAGCAGCUCCGACAAAGGACAACCGGAUGCGAGCUCGUGGCCUCGGGAACUUGCCAUGGAAGAGGGGCGAAAUGGUUGGAACGAGCACUCUUUCGACAUGGACAUUUGGGAACUUCUUGGUGCGAACCCUCAAGCCGUGAUCUAGCCAUGGCUUUGCUCAAUUGUCUAGAUAGCUAUUUCUACUAGGCCAAGGACAAGUCAUUUAUGUCUAAUAGUGUGCCAAAGCUAGGCCGUUUAUUAAACUAGUGAUUGAUGCACCCGAUUAUAGGAGAGGCUUGUUAUUGAAGCGAUCCCUCAUUAGAAAUAAUGUCUGCGAAGAAGUAGGCACAUUCAUCUAUUAAUGAUUGAGAUAGUGUAAAUAGAGGUUCAUGUU